UCGUGCUGCGUGUUCGCGUUGUGGCGAUUAGGUUUUUCAUGGCGCAAGGCGCGUCCGGCGCCCCCGAUGCCGGGCCUCUGGCGCCAUGCUGCCAGCUGAUCACUCAGUGCUCGCUGGGGAGGGAGGAUUCGUCGGCGAGCCUGUCGCGGAUGGAGCAGGAAAAUCUCAGAUUUGGCAUCGAGGGAUGGCAAACGUUUGCGCGCCCGGAGAAAUCCGCCAUGGACGCUAGUCGUCAAAUUUUCGACUUUAGCAACAGUUUGCAGACUGUGUCGAAUGCGAUGAAAAGAGUUGCCGAGCGUAACGUUCAGCUUCAAUUGGAGGCGGCCGAGUGGAAAAGAAAAUAUGAGAGUCUUCUACAGGAAAAAGAUCUUCCAGGUGUCGAGAACCGGGAAGUCAAAGGCUGUGAGCUUGAAACACCGCAACAUGAUGUUUUAGAGGAAGAAAACGGGUCUUGUAAAUUUCUUGUUCAACAUCCAAGCCACAAGGCUUCCUUCAAAUUGCUAUGGAGUUAUAAUGGUGACAGGCAUAGAAGGCACAAGCAUGACAUUGUGUCCUACGAUUCUGGGAACAUUAGUGCCGUUACCAGUAGCAACAAACAGAUUAUACUUGUUUGGGAAUCCACACCGCGAGCGGUCUGUAUUUUUACCCGACCAAAUUCUUCUGCUGUGCAAGAGCUGUGCAAGAAAAUGAUCAGGUGGCUGAAGGAGGUGAAAAAUAUCACUGUGUUCGUUGAGCAGCGCGUGAAGGAUGAGCUUGACGAAAGCUCGGACUGCACUUAUGUACAAACAUGGGAUUCUGAAGAAGAGUUAUUGUUCUUACACACCAAAGUCGACCUUGUUAUCACUCUGGGUGGAGAUGGCACUGUACUGUGGGCUGCGUCGCUGUUCAAAGGACCCGUCCCUCCCAUGGUUUCGUUUUCAAUGGGCUCCUUGGGAUUCAUGACGGCAUUCCAAAGCGAGCGCUACAAGGAAUGCCUCGAGUACGUGAUGAAGGGCCCGGUUUGCAUCACGCUGCGGCACCGCAUGCAGUGCCAGAUUGUAAGGAACGGGGAGAGCUCGGCGUCGGAGAUGCACCUGGUUCUCAACGAAGUCUCCAUCGACCGGGGCAUGUCGUCGUGCCUCACGAACCUCGAGUGCUACUGCGACAACGUCUUCCUCACCUCGGUGCAAGGGGACGGCCUCAUCCUCUCCACAACGUCGGGCAGCACGGCGUACUCUCUCGCGGCCGGAGGCUCGAUGGUCCAUCCUCACGUUCCAGCAAUUCUCUUCACGCCGAUAUGCCCGCAUUCGCUGUCCUUCAGGCCUCUCAUCCUUCCCGGCUACGUGACGCUCAAAGUCCAGGUCCCGCUCCAAAACGCCUGGGCUUCGUUUGAUGGCAAGGACCGAGUGGAGCUCUCCCCGGGCGACCAGCUUAUAUGCCAAAUGGCCCCCUGGCCCGUCCCAACAGCGUCCCUGGAAGAGGCAACGCACCACUUCCUGUGUAGCGUGCGCGAGCGGCUCCACUGGAACCUGAGGAAGUGACGCGUGCCCGAUUACGUGGCGUCCAGAUGUACACUACAGUCAGCAUGUUGACUGGAUAUUGUUUCGUAUCCAAUGGGGGUCAUUGUGCGUUGACUGAUGGUUGACUUGUGACUUGGAAGUGAUACGCGUCAGCCAUUUUGCCGCCGACGUAGCGUCCAGAGUCCAGAUGUACACUACAGUCAGCAUGUGUACUUUCAUGUUACUGACGUCGUUGACUCA